UUUAAGUAAAAUAAAGCAAAGCCAUCCGGUACGUUUGUAUCGACAUUCAACAACACACAUCUUACCAUCUACCCAUCAUGAUCGGCGUCACCUUAACAUCAACCGUCUCCGACCACUCCAUCCGAAUUGCCAUUGACAGAGGUGGUACUUUCACCGACGUUCACGCGUCAUGGCCUGGUCCCCAUGGCCGUGAAGAGAGCAUCACCAAACUCCUCUCCCAGGAUCCUUCAAAUUACAAAGACGCACCGACAGAGGGUAUCAGAAGAGUGUUAGAGACCGUGCUGGGGAAGAAGGUCCCCCGGGGCAGUCCAUUGCCAACGAACAAGAUAGACACUGUGCGUCUCAGCACCACCGUCGCUACCAACGCACUUCUCGAACGCCGCGGUUCGCCCCACGCUCUCCUUAUCACCAAAGGUUUCAAAGAUCUUCUCUCUAUCGGCAACCAAGCUCGUCCACGCAUCUUCGACCUGAACAUUAAGAAGGCGUCAUACCUUUAUGGCGAUGUCAUUGAGGUCGACGAGCGAGUCACCCUCGUCGGAUACACCUCUGAUCCCCAUGCCACUGAACAUGCAGUCAAAUUUUUAGAAAACGGCGAGGCGAUUCAGUCCUACUCUGGAGAAGGGGUGCAGCAUGGCGUCGAGGGCGUGAGGGGUAUGAGCGGAGAGGCCGUGCAAGUGUUGCAAGCGCUAGACGAGGAAGCGGUGGAGAAGGAUCUAAAAGCGCUGUUCGAGCAAGGGUACCGGUCGAUUGCGGUCGUUUUGGCACAUUCGUUCACCUUCCCCGACCAUGAGCUCGCUGUUGGUCGUAUCGCGGAGAAAGUCGGCUUUCACCAUAUCUCCCUCUCCUCCCAACUUCUUCCUAUGAUUCGCAUGGUCCCUCGAGGUGUCUCCACAACAGCCGAUGCUUAUCUCACUCCCAUAUUGGGCGAGUACCUGGAUGGCUUCUAUUCUGGCUUUGAGGGAGGGAAAAAAGGGAACUUGAACGUCGAGUUCAUGGGCUCUGAUGGUGGCUUGGUGGACUUGAAAAACUUUACCGGUCUCAAAUCGAUCUUGAGUGGACCAGCAGGCGGUGUUGUCGGCUAUGCCCUCACCAGCUGGGACGAGAAGAAACUCGCGCCCGUUAUUGGCUUCGACGUCGGCGGAACCUCGACCGAUGUCUCUCGCUUCGACGGCAAGUACGAGAUUGUCUACGAGACCACCACAGCGGGCAUCUCAAUCCAAAGCCCUCAACUCGACAUCAACACCGUCGCAGCGGGUGGCGGUUCCUGUCUCACUUUCCGCAACGGCAUGUUCCACGCUGGCCCUGAGUCUGCCGGUGCACACCCGGGUCCCGCUUGCUAUCGUAAAGGCGGUCCCCUCGCACUCACGGAUGCGAAUCUCAUCCUCGGUCGGCUGGUACCUCGUAUUUUCCCACAAUGUUUCGGGCCCAACGAGAACGAGCCCCUUGAUCCGUCAGCUUCUCAAGCUUCAUUCGAGAAGAUGCAAAAGCAGAUCGCUCAGGAGACCGGCGCGGAGAUGUCGCUGGACGAUAUGAUCUACGGAUUCGUCACUAUCGCGAACGAGAUGAUGGCUCGGCCAAUCCGAACGCUUACCGAGGCUCGAGGUUUUGCGACUUCCAAGCACAUUCUGGCGUCUUUCGGCGGUGCUGGUGGUCAACAUGCAUGCGAGAUCGCCGAGAGCCUAGGUAUCACCAGUAUCCUGAUACAUCGCUACUCCUCCAUCCUUUCAGCAUAUGGUCUCGCCCUCGCAGAUCGAGUGUAUGAAGAGCAGGAGCCAUGCUCUGCCAUCUACCAUCCAUCGUCGUUAUACUUCACCGAGCGACUCGACAAGAUCGGUAAUCGCGUUUCCGAGGAGCUCGCACGACAAGGCUUCACCUCCGAUCAAGUCAAGCUUGUGAGAAUGCUGCACAUGCGCUUCAAUGGAUCGGAUACGGCACUUAUGAUCUCUGAGCCAGCAGAUGGCGACUUCGAGCAGGAGUUUUACCGGGUGUACAAGCACGAAUUUGGUUUCCUGCUCGAGAGCAAGGUUAUUGUAGAUGACUUCAAGGUCAGAGGUAUCGGCAAAUCCCUCUCUCCUGCCGGUGAAUCCGUGUUCUCAGAAAUAUCGAACCUCUCCACUCGCCGCGCUGGCAAGCCCACAUCCAGACAAGAAGUCUUCGUUUCUCAACCUGGGUCGACCAAGGGUGAACGCAUGGAUACGCCGGUAUACGAGUUGGACCAGCUCAACGUUGGAGACAUCGUUGAGGGGCCAGCAUUGGUCAUCGACGCGACACAAACUAUCUUUAUUAACAUCACUUGGAGCGGGACGGUCACUUCUAGGCAUCUGCUCAUCACUCGCCCAGCAUCAGCGCAAUGAUGAGACUAUUGUAAAUUGUAUAGAUUUCUUCGCAUGCAGUGGAUUCUGGCAGGUUAAGAGCAAUACUACAUCUGAAGCAAGAUGAGCGAUUUCGAAUUCCCAUAUCACUUGG